AUGCCGCCGAAGUAUACAAUGUCCGACUCUGAGUCUGAAGCUGGGGGUGAAGUGCCCGACACUCCCUCUGACCAGGUUCUUGAGAAGAGCCUUCGCGACCAAGUAGCUGCAAUCUUCAAGUCGGGGAAUAUGGAGGAAUUGACCGUGAAACGAGUGCGACUUGCCGCGGAAGAUACACUAGGUCUCACAGCGGGGUACUUUAAGUCUACAGGUGACUGGAAAGCGCGGAGUGAGGAUAUAAUCAAGAACGAGGUGGAAAUACAAGAUCAAGCAAUACAAAAUCCACAAUCCCAAGCUCCCGAAGAGUCCGUCUCUCCUCCCCCGAAGCCAAAGCCCACUGCCCUUGCGAAGCGAGCCAAAUCAGAGACGGCGCCAAAGCCUAGGAAGCGCCAGAAGACCAAGACGCCGGUGUCCGAUGAGGAAGACGAGCUAUCAGCCCCUUUGUCCGAUGAGAGUGAUGAGGUCACAAAGCCUAAGAAUCGAUCGAAAGCGCCAAUAAAAAAGUCACCGGCGAAGAAGGUCUCCGUACAGAAAUCCAAGGAAGAUAUGUCAGACGCUUCUGAUUUCUCCGGUGAUGAGAGUGACGAUGAGGAGAAACGAUCGAAACUGCCAGUGAAGAAGCCACCAUUGAAGCAAUCUUCAGUGAAGAAGUCGCCAGCGAAGAAGGUCUCCGUACACAAACCCACGAACGAUGCACCAGACGCUUCCGAUGUUCCCGAUGACACUUCAAAUGUGAAAAAGACCGGAGAUACCAAGGAUGAUUCCGAAAGCGAGAUGUCGGUGGUGCUGGACGAAGAGCCUCAGUCUAAGGCCCCACGCAAGCGACAAAAAAGUGCCGGGGGAACUGCGACCAAGACGAAGAAAGCUCCCAAAGCCAAGGAUGAGGAUAUCAGCCCGGACCAGGCUGAAAUCAAACGACUGCAAGGAUGGCUCAUCAAAUGCGGGAUCCGGAAGCUGUGGGGUAAAGAGCUGGCGCCGUAUGACACUCCCAAAGCCAAAAUAAAGCAUCUCAAGGGGAUGCUGGAGGAUGCUGGAAUGACUGGCCGGCCAUCUCAAGAGAAGGCAAACCAAAUCCGCGAAGAACGGGAGCUGAAAGCGGAUCUAGAGCAAAUCCAGCAAGGCGCAAAACAAUGGGGUGCAAAGAGCGACGAGGAGAAUGAGGAGGAUUCGGAGCCUCGGCGUAGGCUGGCUCGGGGGCGACAGUCACUUGCGUUCUUGGAGAAUGAGGGCGAAGAGACUGAUUGA